UAUUCGUACCUGCAACUGUGAAACUCAAGAACCACGUUGGCUGCUUUGUAUGUUUUGAUUGUAGCUCGUAUUGUAAGCCCCAUUUGAUAAUAAUAAACUGAUGAGUGAUGAUCACGUGAGCUCUUACACAACAAUUUUUGUUCGUAUUACUUCCCCUGUAACUUCCCGGUGUUCUUCUUCACCGCCGCCUUUCGCCACCGAAAAUUAUUGCCAUAUAUACAACUCCUCUCUUUCCAUCUUCCCUGAAGUACCUGAUCAAGCAAGUUUUUGUCUUCUUGAAAUAUGGAGAUUACCAAUGUAAUGGAAUAUGAAGCACUUGCAAAGGAGAAGUUACCCAAGAUGAUCUAUGAUUAUUAUGCAUCAGGUGCAGAAGAUCAAUGGACUCUUAUGGAGAAUCGAAAUGCUUUUUCAAGAAUCUUGUUUCGACCACGUAUACUUAUUGAUGUAAGCAAGAUAGAUAUGACCACAACAGUUUUAGGCUUCAAGAUUUCAAUGCCUAUCAUGGUUGCACCUACAGCUAUGCAGAAAAUGGCUCAUCCUGAUGGAGAGUAUGCAACAGCAAGAGCAUCAGCAGCUGCUGGAACAAUCAUGACAUUAUCCUCAUGGGCUACUUCCAGUGUGGAGGAGGUUGCUUCAACUGGUCCUGGUGUUCGAUUUUUCCAACUCUACGUGUACAAAGACAGGAGUGUUGUUACACAACUGGUAAAAAGAGCCGAAAAAGCUGGUUUCAAGGCUAUUGUCCUUACUGUUGAUACUCCAAGGCUCGGCCGAAGGGAAUCUGAUAUCAAGAACAGAUUUGUUCUCCCACAAAAUCUUUCAUUGAAGAACUUUGAUGGGCUAAAUCUUGGCAAGCUAGAUAAGACAGAUGACUCGGGGUUAGCUUCAUAUGUUGCUGGUCAAGUUGACCGGUCUCUUAGUUGGAAGGAUGUGAAGUGGCUCAAGUCAAUAACCCCGUUACCUAUUUUAGUGAAGGGCGUAUUAACUGCUGAAGAUGCAAGGAUCGCAGUGCAAUCUGGAGUAGCGGGAAUUAUUGUGUCAAACCAUGGAGCUAGGCAACUUGAUUAUGUCCCUGCAACUAUUACGGCUUUAGAAGAGGUGGUGGAAGCUACUCAACGUAGAGUUCCGGUAUUUCUUGAUGGAGGAGUUCGGCGUGGGACAGAUGUCUUCAAGGCAUUGGCUCUUGGAGCAUCCGGUGUAUUUAUUGGACGACCUGUCAUUUUCUCAUUGGCUGUAGAUGGUGAGGCUGGUGUGAGGAAGACUCUUCAAAUGCUGCAUGAUGAACUUGAGCUCACGAUGGCAUUGAGUGGGUGUCGUUCACUAGCAGAGAUAACACGCAACCAUAUUGUGGCGCCAUGGGACCCACCACGUAUAGCUCCUAAGCUUUAAGCUGUAGCUGAAAAAUACGUGAAGUGUUAUGGUUUGAGAGGUAGUUUAUGUUUGUUGUAAUUUGAAUUAGUGUCUUUGGUUCGUGUAUGGAUGAUAAACUAAUAAAAAUUUGAAUUAGUGUC